CCAGUCCGAUGAGUCGAUAGUCGAGCGGUAAAUCUGGAGGUUUGUUGUCAUCGCGCUUCUGCGAGUUAAGUGAAUAUCUGGAUAAAGAUGAAGACGGAAAAUCUCCGGGUGUGAAUUAAAUUCAGUUCUCAGUCUGAACACUUGAAUAAAGCGCUCCUCUCGGGUGUGGUGUGGAGUGAAAGCCGGGCACUAUGGUGACCCACAUGGACCCAGCUCCCAAAAUUGGUGCCAACCAGGUUUCAGACGUGGUGUUUGUUAUAGAAGGAACAGCGAAUCUCGGUCCAUAUUUUGAAUCUCUGCGGAAGAACUACAUACUGCCAGCCAUCGAGUACUUUAAUGGGGGUCCACCAGCUGAAACAGAUUUUGGAGGAGAUUAUGGUGGGACACAGUAUGGACUGGUGGUCUUCAACACUGUGGACUGUGCUCCAGAGUCAUAUGUCCAGUGCCACGCUCCUACCAGCUCUGCCUACGAGUUUGUGUCGUGGAUUGACAAAAUUCAGUUUAUGGGAGGUGGAGCAGAGAGCUGUAGUUUAAUUGCUGAAGGACUGUCUGUGGCUCUGCAGCUCUUUGAUGACUUUAAGAAAAUGAGGGAGCAAAUUGGUCAGACUCAUAAGGUGUGUGUGCUGCUGUGUAACUCUCCUCCAUAUCUGCUGCCUGCUGUGGAGAGCGUCAGUUACACCGGCUGCACCACAGACAACCUCGUCCAGAUCAUACGAGACAAGGGAAUCCAUUUCUCAGUGGUUGCGCCACGGAAGCUUCCAGCACUUCGAGCUCUGUUUGAACGAGCUUCUCCAGUGGGAGCACCAUCCGAAUCUUCUCAUCCGGACUACAGCCAGGAUCCAUUCCACAUGGUGCUCAUCCGCGGCAUCGCACUUCCAGUUGCCCCUGGAGGAGGUUCUGGUCCAGUACCUCUUAAACCAGUUCUACCCCCACAGCCCAUGAAUGUCAGUCAACCACCUCCCAUUGGUGCUGCCUCCCAGGUUCCUCCAAUCAGCGCCAAUCACCCCUACCAGCCUCCACCCUCUCUAAAUGCGGCGGCGGCUGCAGCAGCGAUGGCAGUGGAAGCUGCUAACAAUCAGAAGAGGCCCUUCCCGGGGAUGGUGAAUGCAGGUCCACCCUUCAGUACUCAGCCGGUUAAAUUAACUUCAGUCAGCCAGCCCAGCCUGUCCACAGUCACCACGGUCUCCACACCCAUGCUGCAGCAGCAGCAAGCCCCACCUCAGCAGCAACCACAGCCAUCACAAGUCCCGCCCCCUGGUCAGCCUACGCCAAACCAGCAAGCACCUCAACCCCCCCAGCAGCAGCAAGCGCCCAAUCAACAGCCUCCACCAUCCUCUCAGCCUGGCAUGCCUGGUGUUUCUGCAUCUCCGGCAAAUUCAAUUGGUGGUCAGCAGGGAGUUCCCAAUAAAGUGGUUGCGUGGAGUGGAGUUCUAGAGUGGCAGGAGAAGCCUAAAGCGUCCUCCAUGGACUCCAACACUAAACUCACCCGCUCGCUGCCCUGCCAGGUGCAAGUCAACCAAGGAGAGAACCUAAAUGCAGAGCAGUGGCCGCAGAAGCUGAUCAUGCAGCUUAUCCCCCAACAGCUGCUGACGACUCUGGGUCCUCUGUUCAGAAACUCUCGGAUGGUUCAGUUUCUCUUCACCAACAAAGACGUGGAGUCCCUGAAGGGUCUCUAUCGCAUCAUGGCGAACGGCUUUGCUGGCUGUGUACACUUCCCCCACAGUGCUCCGUGUGAGGUGCGGGUCCUGAUGCUGCUCUACUCGUCGAAGAAGCGUAUCUUCAUGGGCCUGAUCCCUAACGACCAGAGCGGCUUCGUUAACGGCAUCCGGCAGGUCAUCACCAACCAUAAACAAGUCCAGCAGCACCGCACGAUGGGUAACGCAGGGCAGAUGCAGACGGGCCAGGUCCCGCCCAAUCAGAACUUCCUCAACAGGCCGCCUGGCCCAAUCCCCGUCACCCACGGCAACGUCCAGCAGCAGUCUGUGGUGGUGGGCAUGGCUCCUGUUAGUCAGGUCACAAUGAUGGAGGACCAACAGAGGCAGAAUACCAUGCUGACCAUGAGAGCAGCAGCGACAGCCAACCAGCAGCCUCCAGUCUCCGGAGCCCCGCCCAAUCAGGUGGCUCAAGGUCAACCCCAGGCCCCAGGCAACAUGCUCCGCCUCCCCAACCCGGGAGCCAAUCCGCAGCUGCGCAGUCUCCUCCUCAGCCAGCAGCAGCCACAGAGCGGUGUGUCUCAUAUGCAGGGCAUGCUGCCUCUCCAGGGUCUGAAUCAGCAGAUGGUGCACCCUGCAGGGGGCGCUCAGAUCCAGCCCCAGUGGAGGCAGCCUAUCGCAGGUCCGGGUCAAAUGCUAAUGGCGGGCGGACCGAGGGGCUCAGUGGCUCAGAAUCCUGGCAUGCCUCAGGUGUCCAGCGUCAUGGAGGAUGAGAUUCUUAUGGACCUUAUCUGAGGACUACGUCACCCACAAUCCCUCACUGCUCCUUUUACUUUUGCUUUAGAUGAGAAUGCGGCUGGGCAGAAGGUCAGGUGUUGAGUUAUAUUGAAACGGUCAGUGUGGAAAGUGACACGACACAUUUAGACACGUAUGUACGUCUGUUCUAUUUAAAGAACCCAUAGAACCAUAUGAAUUGUAAAUGUGUUUUUUGGGGGUGUUUUUUUGUGUUUUUCUGAUCUGAUAUACCUGACAGUUUGUGAGGAGUUUGUUGAGGCAGGUGUUACAGAACAGAAAGCGCAGAAACACAAGUAGAGUUAGGUUUGGAAUUCUGUUCAGCCAAAAUCCAGUCUGUUUAUUAAGAGAGUAAGAUUGUUCUUUUUGAUUAAUACAUUUUUGGUUUUAAGUUGUCUAGUUUACAGAGAAAUCUCAAGAUAAUCCUAUAGGGAAGCCUGUGAAAUGGAAUAGAAAUAGAAAAGAGCUGACAGACAUUCAUAUUGGGCCACCCACUAAAUUAGGCUUAAAUUAUCUGCAUAGCUGAGAAAGUUCAAUUUUUUUGUAUGAAAUACUUGUUUUCUCUUAUCCAGGCUUCCCAGUGGAAUUGCUUGAGCUAGAUUUGAAGCCAAA